AUGAAGGAAAUCGCCGAAGCAUUCCUUGGUAAGAUAAUUCGUGAUGCUGUCGUUACCGCCCCAGUUUAUUUCGAUGAUGCUCAGAGACAGGCCACCACGGAUGUCGAUGUCAUUGUCGGUUUCAAUGGUGCUAGAAUCCUCAGUGAACCUGAUGCUACUGCAGAAAAUACUGAGGCCUAUGUCAAUAAUACGAUUCAGCGGGUUCAGAAUGAUUCUGGUCCACCUAGUCAACCAAACAUACAGAUCAAUACAUACAUAUAUGAAUUAUUUAAAGAAGAUAAGAGGAGUGGACCUAUAUCUAAAAAUUUUGGGGCAGAGUGUACCAGGUAUGAAAGCAUGGAAGGAUUUUUAAAGACAGAAACUGAUGCAGCAACGCAGCAAUAUCAGCAGCAAGGACAAUCAAAAGCAGCUUGCCAUGCUAGCACAUCAUCAGGCUCUUCUAAUGGCUACUCUGCAUUUUGCAUUCCUGCAUUGAAAAAAAUUGAUCAAGAUAACGGUGUUAUUCAAGUUGUUAUACUAGCUCCAACACGAGAAUUGGCUUUGCAAACAUCUCAAGUAUGUAAAGAGCUUGCAAAACAUUUGCAAAUUCAAGUUCUUCUCACAACAGGCGGUACAAGCCUGAAAGACGACAUUAUGCGUUUAUAUCGACUUGUCCAUCUGCUAGUUGGUACUCCGGGAAGAAUUUUGGAUCUUGCAAAGAAGGGUGUCUGCAUUCUGAAAGAUUAUUCUAUGCUUGUGAUGGAUGAGGUUGAUAAACUUCUCUCCCCAGAGUUCCAGCCUUCAAUUGAGCAGCUGAUUCAAUUUCUUCCCUCAAGUCGUCAAAUCCUUAUGUUUUCAACUACAUUUCCUGUUACUAUAAAGGAUUUCAAAGAUAGAUAUCUUCGUAAGCCGUAUAUCAUUAAUCUUAUGGACGAGCUAACUCUGAAGGGUAUUACCCGAUUUUACGCAUUUGUGGAGGAAAGGCAGAAAGUCCACUGCCUAAAUACUCUUUUCUCUAAGCUGCAAAUAAACCAAUCAAUCAUCUUCUACAAUUCGGUUAAUCGGAUUGAACUACUUGCCAAGAAAAUCACUGAACUGGGGUAUUUAUGUUUCUAUAUUCAUGCAAAGAUGCAAGCAGGCCAUUAUUGA